AACAAAAUUUUGGUAAAUUUGUAAUCAAAUGGCGGCGCCUUGUUGUGUGAAUUAAAUUUCCUUUAUUUCAGUCUGAUUAAAAUGCCUGCGAGGUUUAUGCUUUUAUGAUUAAGUUACAUUACAGGCGUUAAAGUUACAGUUGAGUUUCGUUUAAACUUGACAAUUUCGUGUUUAUUAUUAGCAUCUGCAGUCAUGUGGAUAGCGGUGUUUACAAGUACGGAUUCCCAAUUCGUACGGUGUGAUCCGAUAUAAUAUGGCUAAUAGUUAUAGCACUUGCAGUGAUUACAGUUCACUAACAUCAGAAUUACCCGAAGACAGUGUUGUUGAUGACCUAUCUAUAUUACCUUUAGAGAAAGACAGUUUUGCAAUAUGUGAGUUGUGCGGUCGUAUAGGUCGCCGCGAGCAGUUUUACAGUCGCAACAACAAGUUCUGUUCAGUGGGCUGCCACACCAGUCGGAAUCUUCGCAAGAAGCGGUGCAACUGGAGGUUUCGCACGAUGGAGGAGACCGACCACAUGGAGGGCAUGAUCCCGCUGGAGCCGCUGCCGCAGCUGCAGACCUGGCACGCCUCCUUUAAUGAUAUACAGCCAGGACCUAUAAAGCAAUCACCUCUAGUAGCCAACAGCUAUGAGUGGAAGGAUGAGCUCUUUGGUUGUGACUUCCUGGCGGCCCCGGUCAGUCUCUUCAAACAUGCUCCUCUGCAUGAGAUGUGGGACAACACAUUUGAGGGCAUGAAAGUGGAAGUGAAGAAUACUGACUGUGACAACUACUCGGAAAAGUUAGGGGACUACUUUUGGGUGGCCACUGUGUUAAAGGUAAAAGGCUACAUGGGGCUACUCCGCUACGAAGGCUUUGGUAGUGAUGACUCUAAGGACUUCUGGGUAAACCUGUGUUGCUCAGAAGUGCACCCUGUGGGCUGGUGUGCCACGAGGGGCAAACCACUCAUACCACCGAAAACCAUUGAAGACAAAUAUACAGACUGGAAGAAGUUUUUAUUAAAGCAGCUGACUGGUGCUCGCACUUUGCCUGCAAACUUCUACAGCAAACUAAAUGAUAGCCUGAAAUCAAGAUUCAAUGUAGGAAGUGUAAUGGAAGUUGUAGAUAAAAAUAGAAUUUCACAAGUCAAGGUAGCAUUAGUCCACGAAAUUGUUGGAAAAAGAUUACACGUAAAAUACUAUGACAGUUCACCAGAAGACAAUGGGUUUUGGUGUCACGAAGACUCGCCACUAAUACACCCUGUGGGCUGGGCUUUUAGAGUUGGUCAUCCCUUGGACGCCCCCUCAUCGUACUGCCAGAGAGUGGCAGCUGGAAGAUUGCUGCCUAACGACUCAACCCCUGACAUGUUUUACCAGUACCCUAAUGUUGAGACUCCAUUGUUCUCUGAAGGCAUGAAAUUGGAGGCUAUAGAUCCAUUGAACCUGUCCUCUGUGUGUGCGGCGACUGUGAUGCAGAUACUGAAUGAAGGGUACAUGAUGAUAAGGAUUGAUUGCUACCCGGCGGAUGCGUCGGCGGCCGACUGGUUCUGCUAUCAUCAGCGGUCUCCGUGCAUAUUCCCUGUAGGGUUCUGUUUAGCUAAUAACAUUGCCUUGGUGCCACCUAAUGGCUACACCCCAUCGGACUUCAACUGGGAACAAUACCUCCUCUCCUGCGGAGGGCUGGCAGCCAGCCGGGAGCUGUUCGCGGCGCGCGGCCACAUCGUGUCGCACGGCUUUGUCGCUGGCAUGCGGCUGGAGUGCGCUGACCUGAUGGACCCGAGGCUGGUCUGUGUGGCGACUAUUGCUAGGGUGGUUGCUGACUUGUUGAAGGUGCACUUCGACGGAUGGGGCGACGAGUACGACCAGUGGCUGUGGGCGCACAGCACGGACAUGUACCCCGUCGGCUGGGCGCGCUGUGUGAGGCACCGGCUGGAGGGGCCGCUGCAGCCGCCGCGCCCGCCGCGCCCGCCCCGAGUGAGGAAGACCAAGCAGAGGCAGAGGCCGGGGCAGCGGCCGGUUAAGAAACGGGCAAAACUAGCCAGCCAACCGCCAAACACAAUGGAAGAGAGCUCACAAAAUUCCCAGAACUCUGACAUAGCCGAUACCAAGAGCUUAUCUCCUCUAACCAGUGUCUCCGAGAUAUCAGCUGACGUCGACACGAGACAUUCCGAGACCAGUGGACGGCACUCGGAGACCAGUGAGUUGAACCACUCGGAUGCGAAGAUGGAUGUGGAUGAAGAGAAGAAAGAGGAGGAUAAGGUUCUAGAAAAUGAGGACCAGGAGAAUAUAGAGAAUGAGGACCAUCUAGAGAAUGAGGAGUUUAAGGCUGACCCGCCCAGUGAAUCGCAGCCGUCUAUGGAUUCUGAGACCACAGAUCACCCAACAGAUGCUACGGAGACCACCGACUCCUCACACCCUUUAAGCCCACAGCUACCAUCACAAGUAUCACCAGAAGCAAUACUCAGCGACCAGGUGAUACCCAGACUAGUCAACAACUCAAGUGUACCUUUAGAUAUCCUAAGUUCCGUAGACCCCGAAAACUGGACACCCACAGACGUUGCCAGAUUUCUCACUGUAAACGAUUGUCAACCUUAUUGUGACAACUUUAGCAAUAUAACUGGGCCGAUGAUGCUCCAACUGACGAAGGAUGAAAUCAUUGAGCUUUUGGAGAUGAAAGUAGGGCCCUCGCUGAAGAUAUUCGAUCUAAUACAACAGCUCAAGUGUAAGAUUAAACAACCACAGAGCAGACAUAGCUUUAAGUAGUCAUUCGAAUUAGAACCGCGAUGUUAUGAGUAUUAGCUAAUAUGUAAGGUCGUGGAGCUUUCCUUAGAUUUUUCAAUUAUUGCCACAAGAGGACAUUCCAAUGGUGGAAAUGAUGGUUUGGUUGGUUACAAGGAGUUUAAUGUACGAAAUUUCUUAGAAAUGUAUGUGCGGCCGAAAUAGAUUUUGUUCAUGACAGAUAUUAACUUCAUUAGAAACUCAUUAAUUUUGUUUUCUUAUGUUUUACCUGUUUUAUGUGGAGGCAAUUAAUUAUUCUGGUUUUCAGGGUAUUGUAAUAGAAUAAUCUAUACGCUUGCCACAUAGCCACACGACUUUAGUCUUUAUCAUAACUAUGAAUAGAAACAUGUGCCUAAAAUAUCAAUCAUUGCCUUAAUCUCUGUAACAGUGCAAGUUUUGUUUGUGUGCGUGUGAUUAUGUUUACGUGUUGCACAGUUUAGGUAUCUAAUGUUGAUCAGAAACUUGUCCUAAAAGUGCAGUUUAAUUAAAUUAACGAAAUUAUCAAAAUAUUACAACAUGCUCUAUUUAGCUGACAAUGUUUUUUCAGGAAUCAAAGCUUGUAUUUUAUUUAGAAUCAAGGUCACAAUCAUGGUUGUUGUCUGUAAACAUUUUGUAUUCUAGCAUCACUAUAAUCUUGCAUCACUAUCACGAGUCUCAUUUGUAUCACAAAUUAAAAUGCUUUUAUGCUACUGAUAUUUUACAAUAUUGUCAUGUUUAUCAGCAUUAUUACAAUGUUUGUAAAGGGAAUUUGACAUUAUCCUUAGCGAUGAGUUAUGCUUGUGAUGAAAAACAUAUGCUAAAAUCAAUAAGAUGGUAGGUAAAUAGAAACUGUAUGCAAAAUCUCUAUCUCAGAUAUUUACCAAAUAAGAGUGAAUACUACAACAAACUAAUCAAUAUACUUAUAGUAAUGUUGUUGAACAAGGCAAUUGAAUCAUAGUACAAUAUUUAUGAAGUCACUGUAAUUACCUGCAGCGCAUGGUGUGAAUGAAAUAGUUUAUAUUUUAUAACAAUGAAAUAGUAUUAUUGAGUUUGAACACAAAUGCAAAUUGUCUGAUCAUUAGAAUUGAAGAUUUUCUGGCAAUAAAAAGGAGUAAGAUAAAGACGAAAA